AUGCAAUGGCUUCAAAUAGAUAAAAGUCAGAUUGGUCAAAAAGACCGAGUUCAGCUGUUAAAGUGGAUCCGCUCCUCAGAUAGCCCACUAGUGAUCUCAGAAAAAGAUCUAGUCACCAUAAUCAAGAGCUUACGAAUUGGACCUGUGUACUGUUCGUCAGAAACAAAGCCUGUACAUCUAUCAGACAGUAACAAUAUCAACACGCCAAUGCGGCUGAUAGUGGCUUACAUGAGGAGCGGAUCUACUCUAACUGCUGAUCUCGUCCGUCAUAUUGAUGGCGACUUCUACAUGUUUGAACCAUUACAUGGCAUAACACAAGCUGUGAAUGGAAAAUCUGCAAUACAGUUUCUAAAUGGAACAAAACGAACGAUUUCCAGGGAGGAACUUGAAACCGUCUAUGCAGAAUUACUUUACAACUGGUUUACAUGCAACUUUGGUCACAUUGACAUGACGGCUUUAACUAAUCGUUUCAUCGCAGAACAUACCCCAGAACUAGGAAAUUAUUACAGAUGCAUCAAUCCAAGUAACACCACAUUAAGUAAAAUUGAAAUUGUGCGAACUUGUAUAUGGAUGUUACGCGACAGAUGUGUUGGAUCUGGGACACGCACCAUAAAAACAAUAAGACUGUCCGUAUUCAUGGCGGGAAAACUUUUGGAAUGGCUUCCAAAACUGAAAAUUAUUCACCUUAUACGAGACCCACGAGGUACAUUGCAAUCGCAGUUUACACAGCUUGUUAAUGAAGGUAAUCUAUCGGUGUCUGCUAAGGAAUUGUGUAGUCGUAUUUCGCUAGACUUGUCAGCGUUUGAGGUGGCACAAUACUGUCAUAAAGACAGAAUAAUGAGUGUUAUCUAUGAAAACUUGUGCCAAAACCCAUUAAUCAUUGUGCAAAAAAUAUAUAAUUUCUUGGAGAUCAAAUAUACAAAAAGUGUAAAGGACUACGUCACGCAGAUUAUGAAGGGUCCCGUUCGAUUGUGUGACUACUGUACUAACAGGGGAAAUUCAGUGAUAAAUGCAUACCGGUGGAUAUCAACAAUACCUCGUAAUGUUAUACAAACUAUUGACGAUCAUUGUUCAUUCCUUUAUUCCAAAUUAGGAUAUCUAAAUUUAGAUUACGAGAAUCUGGCUAAUACAACGAAAUCGUGGCAACCUGUUGGAUAUAAAUAUUGA